AUGGAACGCUUACUGAAAGAGGUCGAUUCUCAACUGCUGUCUGUGGAAUCUUCAUUGCCUGUUCUGAAAAUGAUUAUUAUCGAAGUAGAUGUACCUGUGGUGAUGUUGGACCCUACCGGCGAGGAUAGUCGUGGAGCUGCUGUAGCAUCAUGGGGAGCAGUUAUACCGCGAAUCGGCCUCGGCGAGACAGAAGAAUCAGCUCAACCGGGCGCUCGUGUGCUGGGUGCGCUACGAGUACUGCUCGGGGCUUUAACUGAGAAGAUCACCAAUGUUGUGAUUAGUGACGAUGUUGCGGCUCGGGCAACUCAAGCUGUUCGUCUUGUGACAGAAGGACUGACCAAUCCAAAAGCACCUCAGCUGGAUAAGAUUUCUGCCGGUCGUCAACUGGCCGACCAAGCUUUGCAUGAUCCGUCUCUUUUGGCGAUGCUCUACUUUCCAAAGGAUCAAACGAUGGCUGUCUACCUCCCAAUAAUGUUGCCAACUCUUAUUCCAUUGUUUGGAUCAAUUAUAGCGCUUUGUAAAUGGGCUCUUGGUUGGUCAUAA